AUGCAUCAUCCGCCCACUCAUGAAGAUUUCUUUGCACCGCUGAACCAUCAACUAGAGGAGCAGGCAAAGAAGAAGGAGGACGAGGAGGAAAUCUACGCGAGAUCGGCUUUCAUGAGUCCCCGCCAGCAACUUGCAGUGGGAUCUGAUGAAGUGGUGCGCGUUCUGUCUGGGAACGAGACUGAGUGGCAGGACGAGACGACAAGCUAA